GAAAUUAACCCGUUAAGACAUGCGGAUGAGACAAGAAAGAUGUCUACUCGUCUAGCGAUGGCUGUUAAAAUUUUUCUACUAUUGGCUGCCAUACUCUUCACUUGGACACAAGGGGCCGGUUAGUCGAUUGUGUUUUGAUUAUACUCUCGUUGUUGCAAAGUAAAAAUGAAGGUGGUGUAACGGUGUUUUCUCGUUGUUAAAAUUUUUCUACUAUUGGCUGCCAUACUCUUCACUUGGACACAAGGGGCCGGUUAGUCGAUUGUGUUUUGAUUAUACUCUCGUUGUUGCAAAGUAAAAAUGAAGGUGGUGUAACGGUGUUUUCUCGCUGAUCCACGCCCAGACCGGCUUAAACGAAGUUCAGCGUGUAUAGAAACUCACAGUUUGCAUUUUUCUCUGAAAUGAGUAAAUACGUAUACAUGUUAGUUACAGAUUGCUGGUUGUUACAUAUGCAGCACUCGCUAUUUUCAAGCUGUUUCCAACGUGCUUCCGGGACAGACAUGGAACGUCUGUCUGUUUCAUGAAUCACCAUUGAAAAAUGAUAACACUGACCUGUUUUCAAGAAAGAGAGCUCAAAAAACGAAUUGAAUAAAUAUGUAUGUUUAGUACAUCAUCCGCAAAUUCUUCAAAUGGACGUUCAUGAAACGUUACUCAAGCUUAUUGUAGCUGUUACUGAUCACCAUUACCACAUCAUUCACGCACAAGGGAGUAUUUAUUUAAUUGAGUGUGCUUCAAUAACCUCAGUGUCGCUAAUUAUGCAUUAUUUUCACUGCCUUGGUAAUCACUUUUUCGUGUCUCAAGCACCAUACCUUGUCUGCACGCAUAGGGGAACUUGGUUUCAUCGGAAUUUGUAAAAGAUCAGUUGUUCCAUUUAAGUGAUUGAACGUAGAUUUGCUUUCCCAGCUGCCUCGUUGUCACAAUUUGCAUGGUCUUCCAUGACUUCCAUCAGACUUCCUGGUGAGCAAGAGAGGAUAAAGGGGCUAAUUAUGCUGUAUUUUGCUUUCCUUUAAUUUUGCGAUAUGAUUUAGUAAAGCUGCGCCUUUACCCUAGAAAGGAUCCCUUCAUUUGACGGUUCCGUAUGUGUCAGAACCAGUGGUCUCGAGUUAAGACUUAAAAUAAGUUAGAAUCUGGAAACCCCCGUUGCAUCCAGUAUAGUAUUGAGUACAGGAUUCUCGCCAUUUUCCAGCGAUGGCAGAUUUAGGGUGGAAUCAUUUGCAGCAUAUAGCGCAACGACUAUACGCAUAUGCUACAAAAAUCCACCCUUAAAUUACAUUAGCUUACAUUUAUCGCAUGCUAUCGUCAAAAUUCUGUUAAGUCUAGAUCGAGUUCAAGCUUCAGCAAUGAAACUAGCCUGUUCCAGGCGUUCAGAUAGUGGGGAGCGGUGCGAAGUUAAAAAGGAGCGCGAAAAAAUAAAAGCGAGGGAGGAGGAGAGGUGAGAGCGGGAACCUCCAGUCCCCCUCUACUUUUCAUCGCUUUCUUUACUUCGCACCGCUCUCCACUAUCUGAACGCUUGGAACAGGCUACGAUGAAACGUGUAAACUCACCAAAAAAAAAGUUGGCAAACACAUUAAUAGUCUUUAGCUGGUCUGGAACCAUCCGUCAUUUUGAAUAAAUGAAAUGUAGUUCCACAUUAUUUAAAUUGAUCUGUGUAUGAAAGGAUUGCUUAGAAGGCCAAAAGAAUCCUAAAGUUAUGAAAUUUCCCAGAGAAAUUAUCACUGUUGAAAACUGAACUCAGCAUCUACCAUUUGGUCAUUCUUAAUUCAGGUUUUUUUUUUUUUUCUCACUGAUCAGUCACCAGAAAGUCUGGAUUACAUCAACAGUUGUACUAAAUUUAAUGGAAUAUUGCUAAAUUAAAUGUAAUACUACUAUUCAAUUUUUAGCGAGGUGGGACUCUUAAGGUCUUAGUUGGUUCAAGCGGAGCACCAAGGGUACAUCCGUCCACCCCAUUCAUGUACAUGUCAGCCAAUGUCAUUGUCAAUGACAAUUUAAUCCCAGGGCUAUACUAAGACACGGAAAAUGACAAUAGCCUGUCAGUUACAUUGAAGAGGAGUCUUUUUUGCGACUGAAUUUCAAUAUACACUCUGAGGUAGAUAACAGUCAAAGAGCUAGACUGAGAAAGAUUGCGAAUUUCUUUUCAAGAGAAACGUGAACAUUUUAUAGCGGCGGUGGGAAAAUGUGAAAUGCUAGCGGCCAGCAAGGUGAAAAUGAGGGGAAGUGAAAAAAUGUUAACUGAGUAACACAUUCAGCACUUUCUCCAUAAAACGUGUAACUAGGACGUUUCACGUUGUAGUAGUACAAAACAACGUCAAAGACACGUGCCAAGUGUGCUGCACGUGCACGUGCUAAUUACUGAGACUUACUAAUUAUAUUCGUUGUGAAAAUGAGUUUUAUGUGCACGAGAAUAAAAAAUUCAUUUUCAUGUCAAUUGCUUCGCACUUAGCCUCGCUUUGAGACAAAAGGACAGUUCGGAAAUAGCCUUGGCUAUUUUUUGUCUUUGAAGUCUUUGCUGAGAGUUAACUGAUUCUUUUUUUUAUCGGAGAGAUCUCGUAUUUCGUGCGUCAUAGUUGAAAUUUGAUUAGAGGGAAACAUAAAUCUAUAUCUUUAUUGUGAACUUUGCAUUUUGCUUAAGAACUAAAUUUUCAUAAAGCUUAGUUUCUCUUUUAAGGCCUUUGGAAGUAUUUUGAAGAAUAAAACAAUUAUAAUAGAAUUCAGCUUUUGUACAAUAUAAAGAAUUUUGCAAAUUCAAGCGUGUAACACCAUAUUCAGUCUCAAUCAAUAAUUUUUAAAUACCAUGUGUUUCAUACGUCAUACACUUUUCAGCGAAUAGAUUCAAAGAUCCACUUUUGUUCUAAUUUCACUUCCAGAAGAUUUUCCUCUUCUUUAUAUUACCCACAUUAAUAAAAAGUUUUACUAUUGCUUUCAGUCUACAUGGUAUGUAUAAGCUACGCAUAUUGAAAGGAUCGAUUAAUUAGUUGAGACUAACAUUACAAGGCAUAAAACAAGAUCUGUAUCACAAGUAUUAAUAACAAGCGAAUAUUCAUUUUUUAAUCUUAAUAUAUAGUCUUUGUUAUUUCAAAUCAGGUGCACAAAGGAUUACUUGGUAUGAGCCUCCUCCAGUUGAGACGGUUACAGAUCCCUAUAUGGUUCACACAAGCUACAUACAGCUUUAUGAAGGGUCCACUAAUCAACCAUUGAACUGGAGUUUUAGUCUCGAACUGGAAACUCUAUUGCUUGUGACUUUAAGUUUCGACAGUUCUGUCAUAGCCACCAUAGAUCCUUCAACUGGAAAUGUUGCAAUAAACCAAGGCUUCACCACUAGAGUCAGUGUAACCUGGGUCAAUGGAAAUGUCACUCUGAUUAUCCUUAAUGUAACGUCUGCUGAUGAAGGAGUAUAUAGCUGUGAGUUAACUGGUUCUACGAAUUCAUGGAGACGUAAAAUUCAAGUGGCUACCCUA